AUGUGCUUACUUUCCAUCAGCUUUAUUAUCUCUGCUGUGUCCGGCAAAUGUCUUGACAAUCAGCAAUCCUUGUUGCUCAAACUGAAGAAUAGCCUCGUAUUUGACACUGCUUCAUCCACAAAACUGGUGCACUGGAAUAAAUAUGUCGAUUGCUGUUCAUGGAAAGGUGUAUCAUGCAACGAGGGACGUGUUAUCGGUCUCGACCUGACCAAAGAAUCCAUUUCGGCUGGACUUGACAAUUCAAGCAGCCUUUUUAGGCUUCUGUAUCUCCAGAAUUUGAGUUUGGCUUAUAACAACUUUGAUAAUUCUGAGAUUCCAUCGGAGUUUGACAAGUUGUCGAAUUUGAUUUAUUUAAACCUUUCAAAUGUUGGCUUUGCAGGACAGAUUCCAAUUGCAAUUUCGCGUUUGACAAGGUUGGUUACUCUUGAUUUAUCUACCAGUUACCCCUUCCCUCCUGCACUGAAACUUGAGAAUCCAAAUCUAAAUAUGCUUGUUCAAAACCUUUCAGAGCUUAUGGAACUUUAUCUUGAUUUGGUAAACAUAUCAGCUCAAGGGUAUGAGUGGUGUGAGGCCUUAUCAUCUUCACUACCAAAUCUAAGAGUGUUGAGCAUGUCAGGUUGUUAUCUUUCAGGGCCUCUUAAUUCCUCCUUACUGAAUCUCCACUCUCUCUCAGUUAUUCGUUUGGAUAAUAACAAUUUUUCUGGUCCAGUCCCAGAGUUUUUUGUAGAUUUCAAAAAUUUGACAUCCUUGUGUUUCUCUUCUUCUGGGUUAAAUGGAAAAUUUCCAGAAAAGAUUUUCCAAAUUCCCACCCUACAAAAGCUUGACUUAACAGAUAAUGAACUACUUCAAGGUUCUUUGCCAGAAUUUCCUCUAAAUGGAUCUCUUAAAACCCUGUUGCUGAGAUACACAAGGUUUGCGGGGACAUUGCCAUCUUCUGUUGGUAACCUUAAAAUGUUAUCCCUAAUAGAUCUUGCAGGUUGCAAUUUCAGUGGAGAAAUCCCAAACUCAAUGGCAAACCUUACCCAAUUACGUAAUUUGGACAUGUCACUCAAUAGUUUCAAUGGGUCAAUUCCGUCAUUCAGCAUGAGUAAGAAUUUGAUCCAAAUAGUCCUUUCUAAGAAUAAUUUGACAGGUCAGAUUGCUUCUACUCAGUGGGAAGAACUUUUGAAUUUGGUGACUCUUGACUUGAGUUAUAAUUCACUGGAAGGGAGCAUUCCAGUUUCUCUAUUUUCCCUUCCAUCAUUGCAGGAACUAGUACUUCGCAACAACCGAUUUUCUGGUUCACUCAAUGAAUUUUCAAAUGUUUCUUCUUAUCUACUGGAAACCUUUGAUUUGAGUUACAACAACUUGAAAGGGCCAAUACCCAUGUUUAUCUUUGAGCUCCGAGGUCUUAAGAGACUCUUACUUUCUUCGAACAACUUUAGCGGCUCCUUGCAACUUAACAGGAUUCAGCAGUUGGGAAAUCUUUGGGAGAUGUCUCUUUCGCACAACAACUUGUUGAUUGAAUAUACUGGACAUGGUUCUUCAUUGUCCUCCUUUCCCCAAAUUAUCACAUUAAGCUUGGCUUCUAACAAAUUGAAAACAUUUCCUGAUUUCUUGAGAAACCAAUCCAAAUUAAGAGAUCUUGACCUUUCAGACAACCAAAUUAUCGGAGAGAUACCCAAUUGGAUUUGGAAGCUUCCUAAUCUUUAUACAUUGAAUCUCUCUUAUAACAACCUAGUGACUUUGGAUUUGCCUCUACUACAUAUAUCUUCUUUGAGUGUCCUGGACCUUCACUCCAACCAACUUCAGGGGCAACUCUUGGUUGUACCACCGUAUGCCACAUACUUGGAUUUCUCGAUGAAUAAUUUCAGCUUUAUCAUACCAGUUGACAUUGGCAACUCCCUUACUUCUGCUUAUUUCUUCUCUCUUUCAAGCAAUAAGUUACAUGGGAGUAUCCCUGGAUCAAUAUGCAGUGCUACAAAUCUUAUUGUUUUAGAUUUGUCUAACAAUUUCUUGAGUGACACGAUUCCCGAAUGCUUAAUUGCGAUGAGUGACACUCGAGAGGCAAUAUCAGGGAUGGAGGAUCUAACUCUAGGGGUGCUGAAUUUGAGGAGCAACAAUCUCACUGGCUCAAUUUCUGAUGUGUUCCCAAGCAAUUGUGGUUUACAAACUUUAGAUCUCAAUGAAAACCAAAUAGAAGGAAAGUUGCCAAAAUCUUUGGCCAACUGCAAAAAGUUGGAGGUCUUGGACAUUGGGAACAACUACAUUAAGGAUACCUUCCCAUGUUACUUGAAGAACAUAAUCAUGUUGCGUGUCCUUGUUUUGCGAUCUAAUGAGUUUUAUGGGCCAGUUGGUUGUCCAGGGCCUAAUGCCACUUGGCCAAAGCUUCAAAUUAUAGACCUAGCUUCAAACAAUUUUACUGGUAGGCUUCCAACAAAAUACUUUUCUAACUGGAGGGCAAUGGUGGCUGAUGUAAAUAACGCUCAGUCUGAGCUUAUUCACCACAAAUUUGAAGCUUUAUUUGUGAAUGUUUAUUAUCAAGAUGCUGUAACAGUUAUCGGCAAAGGUCAACCGAUGGAGCUGGUGAAGAUUUUAACUAUCUUUAUCUCCCUUGACUUUUCAUGCAACAAUUUUGAGGGGCCAAUACUUGAAGAAUUAGGAGAACUCAAAUCCCUACAUAUCCUUAACUUGUCUCAUAAUGCUUUCACAGGCCAAAUCCCAGAGUCUCUAGGAAAGUUGACUUAUCUUGAGUCAUUAGACUUGUCAAGCAACGAGCUUACUGGCGAGAUUCCUGUCCAACUUGCAAACGGUCUUAUUUUCCUAUCAGUCCUUAACCUUUCGUUCAAUCGAUUGGUGGGAAAGAUUCCACAAAUCAAGCAAUUUGCUACAUUCCCGGAAACUUCCUAUGAAGGGAACAUAGGAUUAUGUGGCUUUCCUAUGAAAAAAAAAUGUACACAUGAAGAGCCGAGAUCAUCACCUUCAACAUAUGAAGACACUCAUUCGAAUUCUGGGAGUGCAAUUGACUGGAACUUCUUAAGUGCUGAAUUGGGAUUUGUUUUUGGCUUUGGGAUUGUUGUUGGACCUCUUAUGUUUUGGAAGAGGUGGAGGAUAUGUUACUAUAAACUUGUUGAUGACAUUUUUUUCAAGAUGUUCCCUCAGUUAUAUAUUAGAAUAGAAAAUUACCAGAGACAAGCACGCAAGAAACAAGGACGGCGAGCAUACAGAAAUCAAGGACGGAGGCAUUAG